GUGUGUGCAGGAUCAGCGCGAGAAAAGUUUUCUUUCUACGCACUAGAAACAUCAUAGAAACAACGCUAGGAGUACACAGCAUCAGUGACCAGCUACAUCAGCAAGUGCAUUGAUGAUGUUCCUCUGUCCAAGACCAUCACUAUACGUGCCAACCAGAAGCCAUGGAUGACCACGGAGGUGCGUGCGCUGCUGAGGACCCGUGACUCCGUCUUCAGAGCAGGCAACAAGGCAGCUCUAACAACAGCAAUGGCCAAACUGUUGUGGGCCAUCAGAGGAGCAAAGUGAUCACACACCCAGCAAAUCCACAGCCACUUCCAGGACAGAGGUGACACGCAGCACGUGUAGAAGGGCAUCUAGGACUUCACCAGUUACAGGACAACAUCACCUGACUGUGUGGGUGAUGCCUCCCUCCCAGAUGCGCAGAAUAACUUCUAUGCCCAUUUUGAGGUGGAAAAUGAUGUGGCGGUGAGGAAAUCCACCCCUCCUACAAAUGACCAGGUGCUGUGUCUCACCGUGGCCGAUGUGAGAAGAACCCUGUGCAAGGUCUACCCAUGGUAGACUGCUGGACCAGACAACAUUCCUGGCAGAGUGCUCAGAGGAUGUGCAGACUAGCUAGCAGAUGUUCUCACUGACAUCUUCAACAUCUCUCUGAGCAGCGCCACCAUUCCAACGUGCUUCAAGGUUGCCAGCAUCGUCCCCGUGCCGAAGGAGUCUUCAGUGUCCUGCCUAAAUGACUACCGUCCCAUUGCUCUCACAUCCAUCAUCAUGAAGUGUUUCGAGAGGCUUGUCAUGAGGCAUAUCAAAACCUUGCUGUCCCCCUCACUGGACCCCCUGCAGUUUGCAUACCGUCCCAACCGCUCAACAGACAACGCCAUUUGCCAUCACCUUCCAACUGGCCCUAACUCACCUGGACAAAAAAGACACAUUCAUUCAUAGAUGCUGUUCAUAGACUUCAGUUCAACAUUCAACACAAUCAUCCCUCAGAAACUGAUUGGAAAGCUGAGCCUACUGGGCCUGAACACCUCCCUCUGCAACUGGAUCCUAGACUUCCUGACUGGGAGACCUCAGUCAGUCCAGAUCGGAAGCAGCAUCUCCAACACCAUCACACUGAGCAUGGGGGCCCCCCAGGGCUGUGUGCUCAGUCUACUGCUGUUCACUCUGCUGACCCACGACUGUGCUUCAACACACAGCUCAAAUCACAUCAUCAAGUUCACCGAUGACACAACCGUGGUGGGUCUCAUCAGCAAGAAUGACGAGUCAGCUUACAGAGAGGGGUUGCAGCGGCUAACGGACUUGUGCAGAGCCUACAACCUGUCUCUGAACGUGAACAAAACAAAAGAGAUGGUUGUUGACUUCAGGAGGGCACGGAGCGACCACUUCCCACUAAACAUCGACAGCUCCUCGGUAAGGAUCGUUAAGAGCACCAAAUUUCUUGCUGUUCACCUGGCAGAGAAUCUCACCUGGUCCUUCAACACCAGCUUCAUAGCAAAGAAAGCCCAGCAGCGUCUCUACUUUCUGCGAAGGCUGAGGAAAGUCCAUUUUCCAACCCCCAUCCUCAUCACAUUCUACAGGGGUUGUAUUGAGAGCAUCCUGAGCAGCUGCAUCACUACCUGGUUCGGAAAUUACACCACCUCAGAUUGCAAGACCAUGCAGUGGAUAGUGAAGUCAGCUGAGAAGAUCAUCAGGGUCUCUCUUCCCGCCAUCAUAGACAUUUACAUUACAUGCUGCAUCCGCAAAGCAAACAGCAUUAUGAAGGACCCCACGCACCCCUUAUACAAACUCUUCUCCCUCCUGCCAUCUGGGAAAAGGCACCGAAGCAUUUGGGCUCUCACAACCAGACUAUGUAACAGUAUUUUCCCCCAAGCUAUCAGACUCCUCAAUUCCCAGAGCCUGGACUGACACCUUACUGCCCUAUUGUCCUGUUUAUUAUUUAUUGUAAUGCCUGCACUGUUUUGUGUACUUUAUGCAGUCCUGGGUAGGUCUGUAGUCUAGUGUAGUUUUUUUUUUCUUUCUGUGUUGUUUUUUACGUAGUUCAGUCUAGUUUUUGUACUGUGUCAUGUAAUACCAUGGUCCUGAAAAACGCUGUUUCAUUUUUACUAUGUACCAUAGCAGUUAUGGUCGAAAUGACAAUAAAAAUGACUUGACUUGACAUAACUGUAUCAAUAUGUUAGGACCAGGUUAGAUCCUCAGAGAUCUUGACACCCAUGAUCUUGAAAUUGCUCACUCUCUACAUUUCUGAUCCCUCUGUGGGGAUUGUUAUGCGUUCCUUUGUCUUACCCUUCGGUAAGUCCACAAUCAGCUGUUUCAUCUUACUGAUGUUGAGUGCAAGGUUGUUGCUGCAACACCACUCCACUAGUUGGCAUAUCUCACUCCUGUGUGCUCCCUCGUCACCCUAUGAGAUUCUACCAACAAUGGCUGUAUCACCAGCAACUUUAUAGAUCAUAUCUAAGCUAUGCCUAGCCAUACAGACAUGAGUGCAGAGAGAGUAGAGCAGUGGGCUAAGCACACACUCCUGAGGUGUACUAGUGUUGAUCAUCAGCAAGGAGGAGAUGUUAUCAUUAAUCUGCACAGAUUGUGAUCUUCCAGUUAGUUGAGGAUCCAAUUGCAGAGGGAGCUGUAGAGGCCCAGGUUCUGUAACUUAUCAAUCAUGAUUGUGGGAAUGAUGGUGUUAAAUGCUGAGCUUUCGUCAAUGAACAGAAUCCUGACACAGGUGUUUGUAUAUGCAGUGGGUCCAGGUCCUUGCUGAGGCAGGAGUUCAGUCUAGUCAUGACCAACCUCUCAAAACAUUUCACUGUGGAUGUGAAUGCUACUGGCUGAUACUCAUUAAGGCAGCUCACAUUAUUCUUCUUGGGCACUUGCCUUUUUGAAGCAAGUGAGAACUUCUGCCCAUAGCAGUGAGAGGUUAAAAAUUUCCUUGACAUGUCCAGUAAGAAUCAUUGGUUGAUAAUUCCCAGCAUUAGCCCUGCUCCCUUUCUUAAAGAAAGAAACAACAUUUGUCAUUCUCCAAUCUUCUGGUACUAUUCCUGUAGCCAGUGAGGACACAAAGAUCAAAACUAACAGUGCAGAAAUCUCUUCUCUCACUUGCAUAGUAACUUAGGCAUAUGCUGUCCAGCCCCAGGGACUUAUCGAUCCUGAUGUUACAUAUCCUCUUUCUUAACAUCAGCACGUUCCUGCUAUCGGUCUGAUCAAUGCUGACCUCACAUUUGUGCCUUGUUUGCAAAAUUAUUGGAAAGAUAUUUUCGGUAUUAUUUCAACAGUUCUGAAUAUCAAAUUGCAACCGCAUCCUAUUACUGCAAUUUUUGGUUUACCAAUGGUGGAUAAUAGUUGUUUAUCCCCCUCCGCUCGACGGAUGAUUGCAUUUGUUACAUUAAUGGCUAGAAGAUCUAUCCUAUUGAACUGGAAAGAAAUUAAUCCUCCAACUAUAUUUCAGUGGUUUUCUCAAACUAUCUCUUGUUUGAGCUUAGAAAAAAUUACAAGUGUUGUCUUUGAUCCUUCAGUUAAAUUUGAAGUAACUUGGAGAUCAUUUAUUCAACAUUUUCAUAUGAGUUAAACUGACUUUUCCUAAACCCUGCUUCU